AUGUGGUCUCAUAUUAAAUCAUUUGAAACCAAGUUAAAACUUUUACGGUCUCAUACUGAAAUAAAUGAACUAUCACAUUUUUCAGCAUAUAUAAGUUUGAAUCGUCAAAAAUUUUCAUUUUUGACAGUUAAGUUUAUUGAAGAUACAUUUAAUAUGGAUAUUAAUGAAGUUCCUGUUGAUCUUCAAAUAGAAAUUAUAGAAUUACAACCACAAGAUACUCUUAAAAAUGCAUUCAAACUUUCACCUUCACUGUGUUUUGCUGAACUCUCUUCAGAAUUUGCAAAACUAAAAAAAAUAGCUGCAAAAUACUUAGACAUGUUUGGAUCAAAGUACAUACGUGAACAGGCCUUUUCUCACAUAAAAAAAUUAAAAAUCCACUCAGGUUAUGAUUAA